AUGGUUCGCACUACCGAUCAUCCUCUUUCCAAGAAGGGCCGGAACCAGGCAGAGGCCUUGCGAAAUCUCUUGCAGAUUGAGCUUGACAAGGCCCACGCUGGCAACGCCAACCCGAGUGUGGCCCAAAUGCUGCAGCCUGGAAUGGUAAUGGCAUCACCUCUCGGCCGAGCUCUGCAAACUGCAGUCAUCGCAUACGGCCCCCUCCAGGACAAGGCAGAGUCAGUCCGCCAAACCGAGCUAGUGCUGGCUCCAAAUUGCAAGGAGAAGCAGAACUUCGGUGGCUUGGACACGGUAUGCACAAAGAUGGGUGAGGAGAUCCUGGCAACAAGCCUGGACGAGCUGAAAUCUCUUUACUCCGAUCUCGAGAAGGACAAGUUCAUCGUAAACUCCUUUCAGCAGAUGCGCUUUGACCUCGAAGAGGUGCUGGACAGAUGGUGGCCAGACGGCCAAGCAGAGUCCACAGCGCAGCUGAAGGCCCGUUUGCAGGAGUUUAUGUUCCAGCUCCUUUUUUCGUCUCAGGAAAGUGUGGUGGUCUUCGGGCACUCGCUCUUCUUCCAGCAGCUGAUGCGCGAAUUCUUGUCGGACGACGUGAG